UGAAAUCUUAUUACGCAUCCAGUGACUAUUCUCUUCCCCUUUACCAACUCCCCAAUGCUGUUAAAUACACUCGUGUUCAAGCGCCCAUUCAGCGCUGCCAACGUGCUCUUUCGCUCUGUCGCUGGUCUGAAGUUCGGCACUCCUAGCAGAGUAAAUGCUUGGACUUUGUUCGUCAAAAGGGAAAGACCAGAAGGAAACCUUCAGCAAUGGGUCGCCGCCUUGUCGGAGGAAUACAGAAAUUUGUCAAGUGUUGAAAAGAGCAGAUUGACUGAGGAAGCCAACAGAAUUAACGCGCGUAAGCAGUACGAACUCAACCGAGCCCUCGAAAACGCUUCUUUGGAAGACAUCAAGCGCGAAAACACCGUACGUCAUAGCAUUCGCGCUGAGAAAAAGGUUUCUAGUCGUUCCCUUCCAAAGCUACGCAUUCCUGGCUAUCCUAAGCGUCCCGUUGGAGCCUUCAUUCGGUUCUACAAAGAUUUAAAGGACAACCAAUCUGUGCGUGAUCAGUACGACUUGAUGAGCACCGACAACGUUACGGAUAUGGCUUACGAAGCUGGUAAGAUUUGGCGGUCCAUGAGCCAAAGCGAGAAGGCCCCGUAUACGAAGGCGUUUGAGCGAGACCUUGCUGCUUAUCAUGAAGCUCGCGACCGUCUCACCAAGUCUUUGUAAGAAGCUGCAGCCACAUCCUUUGGCAUGCGACUCCUUUGUGAAGUAAUGUGAUCGCCUAUUCGCGUUUAUUACGUUUUGCUUUAUGUUUUUUAAUGAAUGGAAUCGCUGGAAAUACAUAUUUGACUUCUUAUUUAAACAUUGAACGGUUCUCAUUAUUUC